CAUACAUUUGUACCGAUACUACCCAAAUGUUUGAUCGAGUAUUUGAAUGCGCCCACUCCAUUCCUGUACGGGAUUCACACCGACUAUCGGCAUUUGCUCCCUGACUUGUACGAUGUUUUUGUGGUCGAUUUGGACGGUGGCAGUGUCGCCUGUCCCGAGAACCUCCCCGUUCCACAGCUGCCCGAACCGUAUUUCAACGAGGUCGUGGAAAGCCUAUUUCAGAUUCUCAGCCCGGAAUUGCUCACAGCGGAUCAUGUCUAUCCACCGAAACCGCAAAAUCCCAGUCGUGAUCUGGUCGUGCAAGAUAAACAACUUCGGGCCGUGUUCAUUCGGCUAUUCGCUUCACUGUUCGCCGGCUAUCGAUCGUGUCUGAGUAUCACACGAAUUCACCCCCAGCCGGUGAUUCAUUUCAACCAGACAUGGAUUGAUCGGAAAGUGCGUUUGAUUCCCCGAGGAAAGUGCGUUCACCAUCCACCGCGCUUCCGCGUAGGUCUUGAAAAGCCGAACUGGGACACACUGCACUGCUCAAAUCUCUCGACUAAAUUGUGUGACCAAUUGAUUGAACAAUUGUUGUGUGGAAGAGCCCCAUCAAUAGCCGAAGCGACGGAGCAGUUCCUGCAUUCGGUCGGAUGCGGCAGAUGCACUCAAAACCUCGACUGGUGUAUAUACCCUUUCGAGAUCACUUUGGGCUAUGAUUUUGUAGCUGAACGUGAACUGAACUAUCGCGGUGGUCAUCACUCAAUGUUUGCCGUGACCUAG